UAGUGCUUCGAUCGUUUUAUUGUAAAGUUGUGUUAUUUUAUUAAGAAUAUCUGAUAUUUUAAUUAUUCGACAAGUAAAAUGUUUUGCUCAUUUCGAAAUGCAUCAAUUUCCAAAAAUAUAUUAAAAUUUCAUAAUAAGGGUCAACAUCUACAAAAUAAUACCAGAAUUUGUGGGCGAGAUGUGUACACUACCACAAAAUGUUUAAAUUUAGCAGCUACCGAUGUUCUACCAAUACCAAACAACAUUGAUGUUGCAGAAACUACACGAUUUUCGCCACAUCGUAGUCGUGAAAUAUCUUCGACUGUCUUGUUAUCUCAAAAUUAUCAGGGAAUAUCUUCACCAAAAAUUGACAUAACAACGGAUAAUUCGUUUAAUAAUGCAGUUUUGGAUAAACAAGAUCCUCAUGUACAAUCAUACGAUUGUUUUGGAGCCAUUAGCCUUAACUCGGCAAUGCAAAGUAAUGUUCCUAGUCCAUUCGGUGGCACGCAUAAGUUCACCCACUUAAAUAUGCCAGGUGGUCAAUGGGCUCAAGAUUGUAAGUUUAUGUCGCAAAACUUACAAAGCUCACAUUAUACAACAUUACGAAAAAAUGCCCGCUCCAACUGGUCAACUUAUGAUAAAGAUGCAACUAUUCAAAAUAAAGAUUCAACAAUUGCAUGGAAUUUUCAAACUAAGCGCAGCUAUUGCUAUAAGGCUGAUAAGCCCGAAGAAAAUACCAAAUUUCAAAGCAAAAAAGAUCAAUUAAAAAAAGCUUUUAAAGAUUAUGGCUCAACAAUAGUAAUAUUUCAUGUUGCAAUAUCACUUGUAUCUUUAGGCGGUUUUUACAUUUUAGUUUCUAGCGGAAUAGAUCUAAUUUCAAUACUCGAACAUCUGGAUUUCGCACCAACGGCAUUAAAAAAUAGCAUCGCCUUAGGUGCAAGUAACUUUGUGAUAGCUUAUGCCGUACAUAAAGUAUUUGCACCAGUUCGAAUAAGUAUAACUCUAGGAGCAACACCAUUUAUUGUGCGAUAUUUGCGAAGCAAGGGUCUAUUAAAAUCUAAAAAUAAAUAAAUAUAUUAUAUGCAUUUUAUUAAAUAAA